AAAAAUAUUUUAUUGCCAAUUUUGCAUUUUUUUGAUUGUAAAAAAUAUAAAUCUUAAUUUUGUAUUUAUGUAUUCGACCGAAUCGUCAAAGUGUGAUAUGAAUUUAAUGACGAGAGUUGUUAUUUAUAAUUUAAUAAAAACAAAAAUGUUACAUUUUUAAAUUGUUUUUGAUUACAAAUGCUCCAUCUUAGAGAGUAAAUCUCUAAAAUUGUGAAAUCUCACGCGCGUUCAUUCGCUUUCACCAUCCAUUCAUUAUCAGGUCAUUUAAGUGAAAAUUUGAUUCUAUUAGACUAUAAGCUAUAACACUUUGACAGUGUACGCCUACAAAAGAGUAUCAAAUUUACAGCAUUAAUUCACCUGUUCUCACUGUAUAGAGCGCUUGACAUUCAAAAAAUUCGUAACCGUUUCUUUUCACACAUGCCGUGGAUCAAACAAGCCAAUCGCGUUCUCUCUAUCUUUCCCUACUCCUAUCUGUCCGGCGUUACACUCUCAUUUCGAACGCGUGUAGGAUGAAAACGGGUGACAAGCAGUCAAACUAUUACGUUACGCCGUAUAUUAAGAAUCGCCGCUAUUGGCCCGCCCAUUCUUUUCUUUUUUUCUUUUAAAUCUCACGUUUUUCGGAGUACUACGGCGCCUUCGUACGCUGAAAAAACCACCUUGCGGAAGAUUCGCCAAUGCAGCGAGAGCAGAAAUAUUUGUAAAAGCCGAUGUAUGACACAGUGUGACGUACAAAUCCAUUUGCCGGUUACUCAGGCGCAGUUUGAUAAGUUUAGAUCGAAGUAUAAACAUAAUUGUGGGGUGCAUUGAAGAUCAGCAUCCGUGAAUCAUAAUGGAAAACAAAAGCCCAAACAUUUCGAAAUCAAAAGGGGCUGGUAGUGGUUCUGAUUACACUACAUGUUCUGAUAACAGUAUUUUGCAUGAUAUAUUAUCUCCAAGACAGUCAAUCAUUUUAGCUGGGCAUAUUGCUAUUGAUGAUAGUUAUGAAAGCUAUGACAGCGAUGAAAUAGGUGAUGAAGCUGAAACAGUGCGUUUUUCAGCACCCACAAAAAUUGAAUUCAACAAUGAAAAAAUUAAUAUUCUUGAUCAAAAUUUAGAUGUCUUAACAGAAGAGGAUGAAGUAUAUGCUGAUUGUACUGCUGAUACAAGUUUUUUACUAGAAGAUAAUAGUAAAACUGAUAGUACUGAAUACAUGGAAUUGGUACAUACAACUGGACUUUGUAAAACUCCAUCUUUUUCAGAUAUGCAAAGUUCUGAUCGUUUCAAUGAUAAAGAAGAUUACAAAAAAGCUGUGGAUUUUGAACAACAGUCUACAAAAGCUUUUAUCGAACCAAACAGAUUAGUAACAAUAAUGGAAGAAACUGAAGUAACACAAAAAACUAAUUCACUUCUUGCUCCAGAAUCAGAAUCAAUUUGUCAUGAAAAAAAUACUGGAAAAAUGAUUGUUGAAAUGGUUAAUAAAAUAAAAACCUUGGAUAAUCCUGCUACAAAAAAAGUAUUAUUUACCAAUGAAGAUAGUAUCAUAAAUUACCAGAGCAAUGAAGUCUCAGUGAAAUUGAAUCAAUCUCAUAAGAAAGAAACAAUGUCGCCUCAUAAAUCUCAAUGUUUUUCAAAAAAAAGAGAUUCAAACAGAUUUUGCAGUGCCAAUCAUAAUACUACAGAUUCAUUCGUAGCAUGGGAAAAAUAUUGUCAAUCUGAAGAAAAGUUAUCACUCAGAAAAAGCUUAUCUUUUUCAGAAUUAAAUUCAGGUUCUGUAAAUUAUGCAGGAGAUGACGAACGCUCAGCUAGUUUCAAAACUUUGGAUGAUAUUUAUUUAUCUCACUGCACUCUGGAAACUGUACACAGUGAAAAUAAUACCACAAAUAAAUCAGGUAGACUAAGAAGACGUAGUAAAUCUUGCGAAAGUCUACUGCACGAAGUAAAACAUUUACCUCACAUUUUGUACAACAAAUUUUUAAAUUGUUUAUCCAAGGAAAUAGAUAAAAUGAAAAAAGAAAGUACCAAAUGUACAUGUCAAAAGCCAAGGUUUAUCAUAAGUGAAAAUGUCAGAUAUAUUCGACACAGAAAAAGUAAUAAACUCACUGAUUCAAAGAGUCACCAGAAUACUAAAGAUGGAAAAAACUUGUUGAAAGUGUCACCCUUACAAUGCAAUCGCAAACAAUCUAAUUUAUCUCCAAACUCACUAUUAAAUUCAAGGCAAAAUGUAAAAUUAUUGAGUCCUAAAUCUCCUAAUGCAUCCAUUGUUACACCAAAGAAACGCGGAUAUAAUUCGUGGCAAAAAGAAAUAGUAUCUCCUGUUGGAGAAUACAUUAGGGGGAAAAGAGGAAGUCCAUUUGCUGCUUCUCCAAGAAAAAAGCUUAAUAUUCCGUGAUUUUUGAAACGCAAAUGCGAAGUGAUUAUUUUCAUUUGUUGUAUAAAUUUUAUAAACAAAUAUUUUUAAAAAAUUAAUAACUAAGGAGCUAGCAUUGAUUAAGUAUUUUUGUGCAUAUAUUAAUAUAAUUUAGAUGCUAGAUAUUUGUUUAGGGUGUCCCAAUAUGUGGAUUAAAAAGUACUUAAUAUAGGAAAACAUAAGUAACUCUUUGCCUGCUGUUAUUUCUAUUAAAAAAACUUAUUUUCUGAAUGAAAUUCAUGAAAAUCUCUGUUAAAAAUUAUAAAAAAAUUUUAGUAGCUUCAAUAGUCGAAAAACAACAGAUUGAGGACUAAGUGCAAGCAUAAGAUGACUAAAAUAUACUUUUAGAGAACAGUAAACAUGUAAAGUAAAUAUAGACACAGAGUUUAUAUGUAUAAAAAAAUUUUAUGUUUUUAUAAUUAAAAGUUUUGUAAUUCAAGAAAUGAAUAAUAUUUAA